CUGUGUGCAAAGUGUAACAGGAAGUGUAGUUCUGUGGUUUCUCUCAGACAUGGCGGCGGCUACAGCAGCAGAGGACCUGGAGAAAUCUCCUAAAUCAUCUACCUCUGAGAUUAUGCCUUUUGACUUUUCUAAACCCCCGAUUAUCGAAGGCUUCAAUCCUUUGUCCAAACUCAAAGAUGAAACGUUGAAAGAGAAGUUUUUAAGAAAGACAAAGGAGAACCCCUUCGUCCCAAUAGGUUGUUUGGGAACAGCUGGAGCGCUGAUUUAUGGCCUCCGUGCCUUCAAUCAAGGGAAAAACCGACAGUCCCAGCUGUCGAUGAGAGGGCGAAUCUUCGCCCAAGGCUUCACUGUAGUGGCCAUUAUUUUUGGUGUCUUUACCACCUCUAUGAAACCCAAGCAAUGAAGACGGACCAAUCCCACACCUCUGCCUAUUCAUUCAACCCGGAGUCAGACCAGAUCCAACGGGGAAAUUGGACUGAUUUUGAAGUUUCUGAAUGAACUGAAUAAUGUAUAUUCUGUUGUCUACAUUGUUCGGAUAUACCCAUGCUAAUGCCAACACUAUUUAUUGUUAUUUGAAAACUGUGAAUGGCUCAUCGUGAUAAAAUAUACGACUUUGGGCUUGCACAGUAUAAUCGGCUCCUUGCCAGCAAGCUUGAUAUUACUUUUAUUGUGCUCUAAAAACAUUUUAGCAAAAUGCUGAUAAAUAUGAAUGACAUGCUUAUUGCUCUUCUGGAAGAUUUGAUUGAAAAUGGUCCCAUGUGUUUUCACUGAUAUGAUCAAAGUGCCACCUGGCUGAUUAGUGAUUCAUUUCAAACAGGUGUCCUGUUCUAAAUAAAGCAUCACAAUUACAUCCUU